AGACACUACAUUUCCCACAAAGCUUUGCAUUCGUUCAACAAAUCGCUGGUCGCUACAAGAAGUGUAGAAAAUAUCGAAAAUGAGCAUUGUGCAAUGCAUAGAAUAAAAACAUGCGAAUUGUGGGAAAUUAUAAUAGCUUUCUUAACAAGGGAAGACGCUUUGUACGCCGUUGCAUGGAUACAUUUAUGAAUCUUUUGUCCGUUUUUAUAAUCGGAUAGAUCCUGAAAAAUAGGCGCUGCUGUUUAGUCGAAAUGUAGAAGACCAAAACGGGUCUUUAAUUCUAGGUUUACAAUCCGCUAUUUUCCAUUAGACGUGAAGGUAGAAAUCAUUGAUCGGUUCAUAUGCCUAUUCGUUUUUCAGCUGAUUUUGUAUUUCGUUUUUGAAUAAUUGUAUUGAUGCGAAGCGCUGCAACUGGACUCAAUCAGCUCCCUCGCAGGGUGGACCGGGAAUGGGCCAAAAGUUCAUGGACCGACAGACAUGUGACGAGCACCAGGAUGACGACCAAAAAGAAGCCUUUGCAUCCCCAGAUGAUGAUCCCAAGUCUGGACAACACUCACAUUCCCACCCCGUCAGCAGACAAGAAGCAGCAAAGAAGACAGAAGCACAAACCAAACAUUCCUUCAGUCAAACACAACAGCAACACCUCUGAACUCAGCCCUCAGGGCCAGUUGGACCCUCCUUCAUUGCCCUUGUUAUCAGCUUUGGAUGGGAAGGAGAGGAGCAGGAGGAGAGAGCAGCAGGAGAGGAGGGAGAGGAGAGAGCAGAGGGAGGCUCAGGUUGAGAAGGAGAGGAGGGAGGCUCAGAGCAGCCAUCACGGAGAACAGAAGCAGGCUGUCUCCAGGAGGAGUAGACAAGCUGUGUCCCUUCAGCACAGCCACAGCUCUAGCCACAGCUCCAGCCACAGCUCCCAGGUCCUGCCUGGAGGCGUACCUGUGGGCCAGAGGACAGCCCAGGAGUCUGGGGGGUUGGCUGGCCAGGGAAAGGGUUGUGUAGAGGGGGGAGAGGUGGGUGUAGGGGGGAAAGAGAAGGAAGAAGUGGACAUAUACAGUGACAUAGACACAGACCUGUCUGAAUCAGAGAGGCUCCCUCUCCCCUCCUCCCCCUCCUCCCCCCAUAACCUCGACCUCCGUCCAGAGGUCAUCUUUCCCCGUGACUUCCAGCCUGAUCUCCCAGGACCACGAGGCCAUGGCCCUGGUCAGUUCAGCUACCCAGAUUUCCUCCCUCCGCCCUUCAACUCCUGGAGCCUCUGGCAGCUGGCUGUGUUCUUCCACCCAGAGGGAAGACACCCCCCCCGCUCCAGACCUGCAGGCAUGGCGCUGGACAGAUACCUGGAGCAGCUACUGCUGCUGGAGUGGCUCCGGAUUCAGACGGUUCAGGAGGAGAGUGGGAGUGUGUCCUCUGUUCCAACCAGUCGCUACUGUUCCCACCGCGGUGCACCCUCCCUCCACGGGAGACUCAGCUCUCCUAAAUGCAUCCUCCAGUGCCAGAGAGCAUUCCCUGUUACUCUCCUCUCCUCUCUGUCUCCCUCUGCUGCCCCGCUGUCUGGCUGUACACAAUACCACGCUCGCUACCCGCCCUGUACUGGGGCCUGCCGCUCACUCACCUCCCCCCGCCUCAACCCCCUCUCUGACCACCGGGGCCGCGUCUCUCUCCCCAAGAGGAGCUACAGUGAGAGUCGGGUCCACUCUGCUGAGAAGGCUUCUGGGCGUCAGAGUUGUGGGAGCCCUGCCAUGGGGAUCGGCCACCUGAAACGGAUGCAGGCUUUUGGGAACAUCCGUAGCCCUGUAGCCGUUAGUCCUACCAGAAGGCAGAGGUCAUCGUCUGUAGUCAGGAACCCCAGUUUUGGGUCAGGGUCAGGGACUGGGUCGGGGACUGGGUUGGGGACAGGGACUGGGUCCGGGACUGGGUCAGGGACUGGGUCGGGGACUGGGUCGGGGACAGGGACUGGGUCGGGGACUGGGUCGGGGACAGGGACUGGGUCGGGGUCAGGGACUGGGUCGGGGACAGGGACUGGGUCGGGGUCUGGUCUCCAGUAG